AAAAGAUUUCGCGCGAAAACCGUCAGGGGCUUGUUUAGAUGUAGAUCAGCUGAGACAAAAACAACAAUAAAGGACGAUAACGGGGUAAUGACGGCGUUUUAACGGGUGGAUUGCGGCCGGGGUGAGCAGGCGAGGUCCACCGAUUGUUAUGUUAAACCGUGCGCUUGUUUUUCGCCGCUUUAUGUGCUUAUAUUUCCAAUUUUGUCGGACUGCUUCCUGCGUGCCCCAACAAAACAAGGGGAUUGAACAACUGCCGCUAAUAAGUUAGCUAACAUGCUAAUCUGCCCUAUAUAUUCAUAUUCGACUACAUCUAUGUACUAUCCGCUGGACUGAUGCUCGCUUUUAUAGAUAUAGUCUCAAAGAUGAUUUUAAGUUCCCGUGAUGCUUUUUUGCUGCGUGGAUAUUUUGUUCUGAUCGCUCACUUCUGUAAGCUGCUGUAAAGUUUUAAUAGCCUCGUAACUUCGCUCGGUGUUUAAUACAAGGAGAAGUAAUAUUGUUCUACCGGCGUGACCUGCUAGUUUGGCGGCUGCUCGAGUUUGUUUUGUGACCCUGUUCGAGUCUUUGUCAUUUGGUUGGAAGCUAGCUCGUUAGCCGGGGUGGUAGCUGUUCAGGGGCAGUGUGGCCAGGCCUCGGCUCUACUGUACUGACAGGAGAGAUGAAAACAAAAGGUUAGCUUGCUCCCUUUGCUAGCUUGCCUGAGUGGAUUUCUCCCACGGCCAGUUUCGGACUGGUUCUCUGAUAACUUAUUCGCGGCGGAGCUUUUAUAGUAUGCAUUUAGCAAUAUUUCAUGUGCCAAAUUUCCUGUUUGGCAGCACACCCUGGCUUGCUGUUUCAGCCUCAGCCUGAGUUUUAGGACGUGGCUUUACAUUGCUGUGGUGUAAUCAAAAUGUGUAACAAAAUAAAACAGUUUAUGAAAUGUUCCACCUGCUAAUGAACUCGUUCGAGACAGUUUUCACGAGAAUUCACCCUUGUUGCCUUUAUUCACAAAAAAAUGGCAGAUGUGAGUCGGUGCUGAUACUGUCAUAACAGUACCUUAGUUUAUAAAUACCACAACCACCGCCACCCAAGUCCAGUGAAGAGGGGCUCCUGGUGACACACUGCAAUGUCAGAGACUCUGAUAACAGGGCAGACAUCGGAGGAUCUGUUAGCAGACUUUGAGACUUUGCUGAACUCUGGGAGUAUCAACUUGGACGAGGACCACCAGAUAGUGAUUAUCACCAGCCCCAGCAAUGAAGGACUCCACCCAGCCCCUGCCCCGACGAGCACGGGGGAGAUCCUGCUGUUCGCCACUCCGCAGGGCCCAGCUGACGUAGGGAUCCAGGACAAGAGGAGACCGUCUCUGGGAAGGCCACCGGUAAAAAGGAAGUUGGACUUGGACAGUGACCAUCAGUAUGUCAGCACCACUCGACCUUCCACAGGCCAGGCACCGCUUUCCACUCCUGCUCCUCCCAGAGUUCCUCGGACCACGGCAGAGAAGUCUCGGUAUGACACUUCUUUGAACCUGACCACCAAGCGCUUUCUGGACCUGUUGUCCCAGUCGGCCGACGGCGUGGUGGAUCUGAACUGGGCGUCUCAGGUGCUCGAUGUUCAGAAGAGACGCAUCUACGACAUAACCAAUGUCCUGGAGGGGAUCCAGCUCAUCUCCAAGAAGUCAAAGAACAACAUCCAGUGGCUCGGUAAUCGCAUUGAUGCGGCUCUGGUUUCCCGCCAUAAGGAGCUGCAGAGGGAGGUGUGUGACCUCACAGAUGCUGAGGAGCAGCUGGAUGAGCUCAUUUCCAAAUGCAAUCUGCAGCUCAGAUUGCUCACAGAGGACCCACAGAACAAAAAGUUGGGGUAUGUGCGCUGUCAGGACUUGAGGCAGUCGUUCGAUUCCCCCGACCAGCUGGUUAUGGUGAUCAGAGCUCCACCAGAAACCCAGAUGCAAGUUUCGGAGCCCUCUGAGGGUUACCAGGUGUCGCUGAAGAGCACGCGAGGUCCGAUCGACGUCUUCCUCUGUCCAGAAGACAGCUCUGGCGUCUGCAGCCCUGUGACAGGAGGCAGUCCCUCUAAACCCAUUGCCGACCCUUCCCUUGUUCAACCUUCCACACAACCCACCGACCAAUCACAACCCAGAACCUGCUCAACAGCCCUGGAAGUGGGUUUAUCAUCUCCAGCAUCCACAUCAUCCACUGUAACAGCAGUGUCGCAACAGGACCCCUCAUCACUGGUGUUAGGUGGCGACACAGAAUCCAUCCUGGGAGGCGACCCAUUCUCCAACCUUGGAGACCUACCUGAUUUUGAUCUCUCACCGCUCUCGUCUACGGACUUCCUGAACGGAGAGGGCCUUCCUCUCCCAUUGGACGGUUUCAUCAACUUGUCCCCCCCUCACAGUCACGACUACCACUAUGGACUAGAGGACCAUGAAGGCAUCAGUGAACUGUUUGACUGUGACUUUGGUGACCUGUCACAAGUUUUGGGGGACGAUUAGAAGUAAAAAACAAAAGAAGAGGAGUGCGUGGGCAAAUGAUUAUAAAUUCAGGCCUUCUCCUCAGUGAUCUGGAGCUCCUUUAAAACAAAAAAAGAAGAAAAAAAAGAAUGGGAAUCAAUAUUUUAUGGACACAUCAUUAUCAAAAAUGUAGUGUUUUCAUUGUGGGAGUUUGGAGAAAUGAUUUGUGUAUUGUUUUAAUUGUGUUCCCCGAAAUACCACCCUAACUAAAAUCUCAAAUAAUUCCCCCUAAAUUGUACAGCAUAUCAUUAGCACUUCUCUUUGGCCAUUCAAAAGUUUUAGACCAAGAGUUUAGCUUUAGAAUAGCUAUUUAAAUUAUUUAUAUGAAUGUUAUUUUCAUA